AUCGACAUGACUACCACCGAGGCGGAGACGGAGGAGAAGGACGCCCAGGCGGACUACGAGGCGCUGAUGGCGGACGCGGGCACCAAGCGCGCGGCGGAUUCCAAGGCGCUCACGGAGAAGUCGAUGGCCAAGGCUCACGGCGAGGAGUCGCUGCAGAGCGAGGAGGAGAACAAGAAGGAUUUGACCGUUCAGCUGAUGGAGACGACGCAGGUCAUCAGCAACCUGCACGCCGAGUGCGAUUGGCUGAUCAAGUACUUCGACGUCCGCAAGGCCGCACGAACCGAGGAGAUCGAGUCCCUGGACAAGGCGAAGGCCGUGCUGAACGGCGUCCAGCCGCGGCACGACGAGGAGGGGAUCGAUAUCAUCGACAUCGAGGCCUCGAGCGCACAUGCGUGGCGGGACUGGCGCCAGAGCCUCUGCCCUCAGUCUCGGUCUUUGCUCAGCGUGUGGCAGGGCGGGGCUGCCCGGGCCCCCGCCCGCCACGGCCGCGGCAAGUGCGCUAAGGCAUGCCCUUGGUGCCCAGAGCUGCUCUGCUCAGCUCGGCACCUAUGGGCAGCAUGCCCUCGCUUCGCUGAGGCCCGCGCCCGCCUCGGCGCCGAGGUCGGCAUCCCUGCGGACUGGUGGGCGGCCCGGCCCCGGAUUACGGCCAAAUCCGGGUGGAUCACGGCGCGGGGUGGGCCCUCGGAUGGGCGCCGGGCACGGCUGCAGAUUGCGGCUUACCGCCUCGGCCUCGAGGUCCUGCGGGCCACUCCUCCCCCUCCCACCCAGGCUUACUGCGCGGGCGGCCCCGGAGGCGGCGGCCCUGGCGGCGACCCCGACGGCGGCCCCGGCGGCAACAGCCCGAGGGCUCCAGGCAACGACGGUGGUAUCGCGAAGACUCGAUAUGAGAAGCGAGCGCUCUUCUCCAGGACCCGCUUCGUUCAUGCCCAGGGGGGCCUCGCGCUGGCCCUCGGCCCCGCGGCGGGCCUGCGCUGCCCGAGGUACCCAGACGCGCUGCGGGACCUCGACGAGUGCAUCAAGCUGGACCCGACCUUCGUCAAGGCUUACUCCAGGAAGGGCGCCGCCCACUUCUUCAUGAAGGAGUACAACCAGGCGAUCAAGGCCUACGAGCAGGGCCUCAAGAUCGACAAGGACAACGCGGAGUGUCUCCAGGGCCGGGAACAGGUGAUUAACAAGAUCGGCGAGAGCCAGAAGGGCGAGGUGGACGAGGAGCAGAUCCGACACGCCAUGGCGGACCCGGAGAUCCAGCAGAUCUUGCACGAUCCUCAGAUCAGCAUGUUUUUGAAGCAGAUGCAGGAGAACCCGAAGCAAGCGCAGCAGGCCAUGAUGCAG